CAUUAUAACACCAUAAAGUAAAGUUGCACUGAUUGACAAACUGCCCGCUGGUUUCUUUAGGUGGAAGAGGCCAUAAAUAGGGUAGUUGUAAUGGAAAAAGUGCAUGAUUUCUUCUAUGUAGUGUGGAUGUCAUUCGAAAGGCUUUUUCAUUACAUUGCAGUAUAUAUGUCUUGUUUGGAGUGGAUCUCUGGCAAAGAAGGUGAGUUUGAGUGUUUAUAGGUCUGUUGGGUGUCAUCUUCAGUUUCACUGUCUGCAACUUGGAAAAUAUAGCUACACGGUUAUGGCUGGGAAAGGGAGGGGUAGUUGUGUAGACAUUUUGCUGUUGUAAUACAAAUAUUAACAUCUAACUAUGUUACAUAUAUUCACAUCUAAAUCAGAGCGUACCCUGUUGUGUCUUGCUCACCAUGUCUCUGAAGUUAAUCAAAGUAUAGUUAAGUAAAUCCCAGUAAAGUAACCUUGAACCAUAAGUGAGACUUAUAUUGUAAUGAUGCCACAAACCAUUGUGUUAGCAACCUAUGCGGCCCGGACAUUAGUGAGCUUAGUCAUGGCUGCAUCGAAGGCAACAAAAACAACGGAAGCGUCUCGCAUUGCCAUUAGCAUCUCCAUACCAUACCUUAAUAAGUAUCAUUGUUUUAUUUUCAAAAACUGGUCACUGGUCAGUUAAAAUAAACUUAAUGUUGAUUCAAAAGGAUUGGUCAAUAUACUUUAGAAGACAACCUGACAACACCAACAUCAUUUGCGUUAAAGAAUGUAGUGCAUGUGAAGGAGGACUCCACGCUGGAUUUUUUCUGGAAGAUCUGACACAUGAGAUGUAACACCAACCAUUUCUUGUUUCAGUCUAAACAACUUUGGCAUAGCAUAUGAACUCAAUAGUUUGCAUUUGAAUGAGUUACAUGGAUUAAAUAGACCGGGUAUGAGAAUGAAUGAGAAGGUGUUAUUGCGGAUAAGCAUACUUACGGGUAGGUCAGAACGUAAGCGUUCAACUCUGCAACUGAAACAGUCUCCAGCUUUUUCACACCACUGUAUUGUGUACCUGGUGGAGUUACUAGCGUCCUCUUCAGCUGGGAAGUUGCCAUUGUUUUCAAGGUUCGUCUAUGUAUGUUGGAUGGAAAAGCGAUAUGAUUUUGUGAAAAACAUGGCGUCGGAGAUGACUUUUUAUAGGUAAGAGGUUGCGAAGAAGCUGAAGAGGACGGUGAUGGAUAACCAAUGAACCAUAAACAUAAUGGGUUUUCGCCUUUACUGAGAAUGAAUGACAAGGUUAAUGAUAAUUUCUCAAAGCGAGUUGCAAACUUUACAAAGCUCUUAGCUCUGCCGAAGAAGAUGGGAUUAAGGUUAUGGAAAUGAUCACUUUCAAGAAAGCUUGUUUUCUUUAACUGACCAAAACUGUAACAAUUAGAAGAGCAAUAUUGUUUGUGUAAACCUCACUUUAGAAGUGUAUAUAAACUGUGGGUUAAGAACAUAAAUAAAUUAUAUCCCCUGAUAAAAAAAGUAUCAUAUCCAAUAGGCAAUAACGGAUGAAAACACUAACAAAACAAACGCUUACGUGUAGAUUUAUAGUUUCACAUGUGAUGAGGUGGCAUCAUGUAAUAUACUUUGUUCUUCUUUAUUAAUAUAGAUAUAGAUAGAUAUAUAUUAUGUAAUUUUUAUUUAAGGAAGGAAAAAAUAUUUUUCUUAAUUUAUGAUUAUAAAUCUUCUAACUAAAAAUAUAGUAUCAAUAAUAUAUGUCAUAGUUCAAAGGUUGUAAUGUUUUAGAAAUGAGGAUUUACCAAUGAUAAAUAAUAGUAGUAUUUUGUAAAAAAGGAAAAUAAAGGUUGACCUUCCCGAAAAAGGCCGAAAGAGUCUUCAAUGCGAACCAUGCAUGCUUAACUCAGAAAAAUAUAUAAAUCACAAACGUAGAAAGUAAACAAAUCAAAAGAGUAUAAUUCGAGUUUACAGUAAAAAUAAUAAUCCCUGAAAAAAAUGGCGGCAUAAAUUUCCCUCCAAAUUCAAAGCAUUUUUCAUUAUGGACUCAAUCCCACCUUCUUCCCUCCAAAUCCUUUCCCAAAUCCUCCCCCUUUUUGGAAUAUUCCUCCUAAAUUUCGAAACUUUCACCAAUUUUUGGAGCCAAUUUCAAAAAUUUCUCCUUCAAUUACCUUCGAUUCGAUCUCGAGCCCAACGACUUCCCCCAAAACUAAACCCUAGCUUCCUCUUCUACUUCUCCUCCUCCGUUUCCCUCGCUUUCCUCCGACAAUUCGAUCCGGGUUCGUUGCUAAUGGCGUCGAGCGAUCCACCGCCGUCUCCUAAAAUCGAAAACCCAGUCAAAACCCUAGACGACGAGUCUUCCCCCACAGCGCCAAUUCGAGCCCUUGUUACUCACUCGCUAGCCCUCUCCUCGCCAAUUCGCCAGAUCCAAAACCCAGUUGAAUCUUCAUCUUCGCCCUCUAAUAACGAGUGCAGAGAUUCUCAAAUCACGCCAGCAGGGAGUUACAUGCCUAGUUUUGAGUAUCUCAGCGACGACGACGACGAUCACAAGAUCGAACCUGCAGAGCCCUUCUCGUGGUCGUAUCUGAAGAAUGAACCCACUGGUGUUGGUGCUGGAUUGUAUAACUCAGGCAACACUUGUUUCAUAGCUUCUGUGUUGCAGUGCUUCACUCAUACUGUGCCUCUCCUCGACGCGCUUCGUUAUUACAAGUAUCAAGAUACUUGCAACUGUGGGAAUGAGAGUUUCUGUGUUCUGAAGUCUCUCAGAGAUCAUAUCGAGCUUGCUCUGAGGUCUUCAGGAUAUGAUCUACAGAUCCAUCGGUUUCGUGAUAACCUUAAUUAUUUCUCGUCUGACUUCCAGAUAAACAACCAAGAAGACGCUCAUGAGUUUCUGCAGUCGUUUUUGGAUAAGUUAGAGAGAUGUUCUUUGGAUCUUACUAGUAGAAACACGCCUGGAACUGUUGUCUCUUCUCAAGGUGUUAACAUUGUUGACAAUGUCUUUGGUGGGCGUCUCGUUAGUAAGCUUCAUUGCUGCAACUGCAACUCCAUUUCAGAGAUUUUUGAACCGUCUGUAGGAUGGAGUCUUGAAAUUGACGAUGUGGAAGAUCUUUCUAGCGCUCUAGAGUCUUUUACUUGCGUUGAAAAACUCGAGGACCAGCUUACGUGUGAUGAAUGUAAAGAGAAAGUCUCAAAGGAGAAGCAACUUAAGUUCGAUAAGUUGCCUCUUGUUGCUACGUUCCAUUUGAAGAGGUUUAAGAAUGAUGGAGUCUAUAUGGAGAAGAUUUUUAAAGAUGUCAGGUUCCCUUUGGAGUUGGAUAUGCUUCCUUACAUGAGCAGUAACGAAAAUCCUGAAGUUUCAACAAAAUACUAUCUCUAUGCCAUGGUGGAGCAUCAAGGGAGUGGAGUACAUUAUGGUCAUUACUCAUCUUAUGUGAGGUCAGCUCCUGGGACAUGGCACCAUUUUGAUGACGCAAAGGUCAGGAGAAUCAGCGAAGAAUGUGUUCUAUCAAAGAAUGCUUAUAUGUUGUUUUAUGCAAGAGAAGGAACUUCUUGGUUCUCUAGUGCUUUUGAAGAGCUGAAGACAUUAUAUGAAGCUACUCCGAUAAGUUUCUCGCCCACUUCAGUGCUUGAGACCACCUGCAGAGAGGAGUGUAAUGCCAACAAAGCUUGUAAUGGCUCGGUGGGAGUAUCGGUUCCGGGUGGAGAUUACCGUUGUGACGAGCCACAAGAUGAAGUGUUUUAUUCAGCAGAGCCUAUCAGUUAUGACGUAUCUUUCGCCUUUGACUCACCACCUAAGGCUGAUGAAUCUGGGAAACCGUUUGCUGAGACCUUUCACCAAAAAGAGGCUACUAUGUAUCCAGCUUGCAACAGAGCUACUACCGUUGACGCUUCUGUGCCUGAGAUCAAGAUUCAAGAAAAAGACCCAUCUCCAAAACGAAAAGCUGCUGAGAGAGCUACCAUUGGUGAAGAUGCUUAUCUGCCUAAGCCCAAGAUUCAAAAACCAAACUCUUUUGCAAAACGACAAGGACCAUUUCAGAUUCAACGAGAGCAUUUGCAAAAUAAGAAGGAAGAAACUCAUGAAACAAAGCCGAUUAGAAGCACCGUUGCUGCUGCUUCUGUAGCAGAUCUUAAGGAGAAAGAACAUGCUAUUCAAUAUCUCAGGAACAUGCCUUCGUCUCGCUCUCGAAUGCUUGCUGCAGCUAUAGGUGUUGAGGUCAAAAAGAAGAAUAUCUCUAACAUCAGAAGAUCGAACCUUCACAGGAAUCUCUCUGGACGGCCAUCAAACUGAAGUUUGGGAUAAAAGCUACUCUGUUCAUCUUUCUUUAUUUGAUAUGAAGAGUUUUUCUUUAGUUUUGUUUGGGGUUUUCUUGUGUAUAUCACUUUCAUCAAAUUUUGUAAAGCUCCAACCAAAAUUCUAUAUAAAGUUUAAUGUUUUUUUUCCCA